AUAUUUCAUUCCCAACGCUAGAAGAUAGUGCUUGAUGGGGGAGCAAAGCAGUGCAAGCGGAAGUUCUGCCUGUUGACAUCCUCACCUUUGGAAUGCAAAAGUCUCAUCUCGCGCUGAAGGAAUAACCUGGACGUAACUUGCGACCCCAGGCUUAUAGGAAGCGACCCCAUCCACCUGCGAGGUCAACUGAAGUAGGCACGUUUCUAUGUUCUAGUCAUCAUGCCUCUUCACUGCCAACGACCUGGCUGCCCAGCGCUGAUGGGGCCUUUCCUGGUCACUCUCCUGUUGCUAAUGAACUCUGGAGUCCAUAGCCAAGGGCGUCUGAAGCUGACAGUGCUGUCUCAGGAUCGGCUGCAGAUGAAGUGGAAGGAGGCUGAAGGGCCGGUCCAGGGAUACAAGGUCCGCGUGAAGCCCAUCUCAGAGGUACCCCAGCCGGAGCUGAUGCUGACGACCACGCGUGGCCGGGCCACAGUGGCAGGUCUGGACUCCAGCCAGGAAUACGCCCUCCAGGUCCUAGUGCUCAACGGCACACUGGAGAAACUCAUCGCCAAGAGACGCUUCACCAUUGAGGGCUUGCGAGAGGAGGAGUUGGUCCGUAGUGGCAGCCGUGAACAGCGGCGGAAGGCCCUACCAGGGGGGUCAGGGUCAGGUGAACUGGAUGACCCCAUAGAGGCCCUGGUAGCUGUACCCACUGUGGUCUACCAUGAGCCGACAACCACCACCACCACCACUACAGAACCUCCAACUACUCCAGAAACAACUACCCAGAAUAAUGAGUUGGUGACAGAGAAGGCUCCCAAAGAGAAGAGGAAGAGGAAGAAAGAGAAGGAUCGCUCCAAGGUGGACAAUAAGGAGGAGCAGGGGACAACUCAGGGGAAACCAGUAGAGGAUGAGAACUCCGACAGGGAGAAAGUCAGGAAGACGAUCCCCACCCAGCCUGUCACAGUGGUGUCCACUCGGAAGGCCUUUGAGUGUGACACCACAGCAGCCGCUGACGUGGUCAUGUUGGUGGACGGCUCCUGGAGCAUUGGACGCACCAACUUCAGACGUGUCAGGGACUUCCUGGAGGGUCUAGUCACGCCUUUCCAUAUCGGCCCAGACAGGGUGCAGAUAGCCCUUUCUCAGUACAGUGGAGACCCUCGCACUGAGUGGCAGCUCAACAACUUCACUACCAAAGAGCAACUGCUGGAGGCCGUCAGGAACUUCAGAUACAAGGGCGGCAACACCUUCACGGGCCAUGCUCUGCUGCAUGUCCUGGAGGAGAACCUGAGACACGAGUCAGGGGCGAGGCCGGACACCCCUCGUAUCCUGAUCCUCCUGACGGAUGGGAAGUCGCAGGAUGACGCCAUCGCUGCAGCCAACCGGCUGAAGAACACCGGCGUGGAGAUCAUUGCCGUAGGUGUAAAGAACGCAGACGAAUCAGAGCUGAGGCAGGUGGCGUCUGAGCCUCUGGAGAUCAACGUCUACAAUGUGAAUGACUUCCCUCUGCUCAGCAAACUGGUGGACCGACUGGUGCACAUCCUCUGUGGGAAGAUAGAGGAGCGCAGCAUUGCUAAGAGAAACGAAAGGCCGACAGAGGACCCUGUGCUCUACUACCCAAGCCCCACAGACCUGGAGUUCUCUGAGCUGGGCCCCAGGGAGGUGCAGCUGAGCUGGACUGGACCUACCCGACCUGUCCUGCAGUACAGAGUGGUGUUCCACAGCGCCGAGGGACAGAGCCCACAGGAGGUGGUUGUGAAUGGAACCGUCUCCAGUGUUCUGCUGGGUGGACUCUCCUCCCAGACCCACUACCACAUAUCAAUCUUUCCUGUCUACGAUGACAACGUUGGUCUGGCCCUCAGAGGGACCAUCACCACAUUGCCCCUGGCCAUGCCGGAGGGUCUGGAGGUGACCCCCUCGUCCCCCAGCAGUCUGAGGGUGCGUUGGGGUGCCACCGCGGGGGCCACUCAGUAUAUGGUUCUCUACUCCUCCCUCAGCCACGGAGAGCCCGACGAUGCCAAGGAGGUGAAGUUUGGGGCAGACCAGACUGAUGUGAUUCUGGGUGGUCUGAUACCAGUGACAGACUACUCUGUCACCCUGUAUGCCCUGUAUGACGAGGACCCCAGUGACCCUGUCACCGCCAUCGCCACCACAUACCCGUUGCCCUCCCCCGUCAGUAUGCAGUUUCCCAAGGUGAGCCACAGCAUGGUCAGGGUCAGCUGGGUUCCUGGAGUGGUUGAUGUUCCCGGUCACAGAAUCACCUGCAGCACCAACCAUGGCAGUGACGUCAAACAGGUGGAGGUGACAGGUGUGAACUCAGUUCUGCUACAGAACCUGUCCUCUCUGUCUAGAUACUUGGUGUCGGUGCAGUCACAGUAUGAGCAGGGCCUGUCCUCACCGCUCACAGCCAACGUCACCACAUUGAGGGUACCAGCCCCCUCUGAUCUCAGAGUCACAAACUUCUCAGGAAGUGACAUCACAGUUCGAUGGGAGUCAGCCGCCGAUGACGUUGUCUCCUACCUGAUUAAAUGGAUCUCACUCAGUGGAGGGGACCUCAGACAGUUGAGGGUGGAUGGGGACAGCGAGGGGGCCAUAUUGGAGGGGGUGCAGGACGAUAAGGAGUAUCAGAUCUCACUGUCUGCCCUCUACGCCGAUGGAGCCCAGAGUGAGGCAGUGGCUAUACGAUACAGCACCUUGUCAGGUGGCGGCCCUUCCAGUGUGUCCGUCUCAGAGGAGACUGCAGUCAGUCUCCUGGUGAGCUGGGUUCCUCCCAACGCCCAUGUACUGCAAUACCAUGUCUCCUACACCGCCCUGAUGGGAGGAGAGACACAGGAGAGCACUGUGUUGGUUUCAGGCAGCGAGAGACAAACAUUGCUGCAGACCCUGCUACCUGACACACGCUACAGCAUCCUGGUCACUGCGGAGUACCGCAACCGAGAGGGAGGGAGCGCCUCCGCACAGGGCAAGACCAUCAGUCUGCGAGUGAGCAGUGUCAGUGUGAUGAGGUCUGAUCACUCCAGUAUCUGCGUGUCUUGGAGGCCUGUUUCAGCAGUCAGCGGUUACCGCAUUGCCAUCCAGUCUUUCAAAGACAAGCAGACAAAGCAGGAGAUAGUGGAUGCAUCAAGCAGCAGCUACUGUUUCACUGAGCUGGAGCCAGAGACUGUGUACCGCAUCAGUGUGCACUCCCGCCUCGACACUGUAGAGGGAGCUGCAGUCUCCAUUCUCCACCCCACAGCAUCGUCCCCAGCCAGAAUCCCCAUUCAUCCUAGACUGCACCCAAUUCGCAAUGAAGUAUGCCCUGAGGUGACCAUCAGAAACAGCAUUGUAAAAGGGUUUGAUAUGAUGGAGGCUUUUGGUCUGACCCAGAGGACUUACUCAUCUGUGGAGGGGGUGGCGGCUGAGCCUUUUGUCUUCAAUACUCUACACACCUAUACUGUGUACAGAGACAUCCAACUGACUCAGAGCACAGGAUUCAUCCACCCAGCAGGCUUUUCUCCAGAUCACACCAUCAGUAUAGCUUUCCGUCUGCUACAGGACACCCCCAGGGAGCCCUUUGCCCUCUGGCAACUCACCGACAACGACUUCCAGCCCAAGAUGGGCGUGGUGCUGGACCCUGUGAGCAAACUGUUGCUGUACUUCAGUCUGGACUACAGAGGGGAGGUUCAGGAGCUCACCUUCGACCAGCCACAGGUCCACAGGCUGUUCUACGGAAGCUUCCACAAGAUCCACCUGUCUAUCAGCCAGGUGAGCGUAUCCCUGUCUGUGGACUGCCAGCAUGUGGGUGAGAGGCCCGCACGGCCACUGGGGACUCUGCCCACUGACGGUUUUGAGACACUGGGCAAACUGAUGAAGACCCGUGGACCACACAGCGGCUCUGCCCCGUUCCAGCUACAGUCCUUUGAGAUUGUGUGCAACACCACCUGGGCAUUAGAGGACACCUGCUGUGAUUUGCCAGGCCUGAGGGAUGAGGAGAGCUGCCCCGCCCCUGCCUAUGCCUGCACCUGUACCUCCGACAUACCUGGAGCUCCUGGUGUCAUGGGUCCUCCUGGCAAACCGGGUCCUCGUGGAGAAAAGGGUGAAAAGGGAGAGGAGGGCCAAAAGGGUGAGAUAGGCCCUUCAGGGAAAAUGGGGUCAGAAGGCGUUCUUGGGCCCCUGGGAAAUCGUGGCCCUCGGGGAUUGACAGUUCAGGGCAAAGUGGGACCUCCAGGGGCUCGGGGUGUGAAGGGGGAGGUGGGAAAGCCAGGUGGGCAGGGUUUACCAGGUCCUCCUGGACCCAAAGGGAACGAAGGAGCCCCAGGCCCCAAGGGCAUCAGAGGAGUUGAGGGGAACAUGGGCGGACCAGGGAUUACUGGACCUAGGGGUUUCCAGGGUAUGCCAGGACACCCAGGGGUUGUUGGAGAGAGGGGACCUUUAGGGGGGGUGGGGCCGACCGGUCUUCCUGGGAAUAAAGGUGAAAGGGGAGAGAAGGGAGAGCCUCAGUCCAUGGCAAUGAUCUUCCAGCUCGUCACACAGGCCUGUGAGCAACUGGUGCACAACGAGGUGCUGAAGCUGGAUUUGUUCCUGAAUGAGAUGAGCCGCAAGCCUGUGCCCAUUGAGGAGCCAGUGGGUCCCCCAGGAGAGCCUGGUAUACCAGGGGGAAAGGGCCCACCAGGACAGAGGGGGAACCAGGGAAGACUGGGAACUAGUGGGGAACCAGGGAAGUCUGGAUACCCAGGAGAGCAGGGACGUAGAGGUGCCCCCGGGGAAAAAGGCAGCUUAGGGCCCAAUGUCCAGGGACCACAGGGAAUCAAAGGAUUUGCAGGUCUCCCAGGAGAGGCCAAGCUGGGCAGUCCUGGCCCUAGAGGAGAGGAUGGCCAGACGGGACCUCCGGGCAUCGCAGGAGCAGUCGGGCAGGCAGGAGAAAUCGGUCCCCCUGGUGUUUGUGAUAGCAGUGGCUGUCAUAGAGGUGCUCAGGCACAAACAGAGGACCCAUAUUUUGGAUACCAGCCUUGAGCACACAGUGGAAGCUGAAUUUUCUUGUGACAUUGUGGUCCAGCUCCUGUCAUCUCUUUCAUUUUAAGUGGCCAUAGAGCACUUGUGCCAUUAGACCUGAUGGACAGACUGGGACUGGAGCUGACGAAGCACCACAGUGGAGCAGGUUUGGUGCAUUAGAGCUCGUCAGUGACUCAGAGACACAUGGGCCACUAUUAAGGGGAAAAGGAAGUUGACAUGGUACCUCUUCUUCACUUCUCCUUCUCAUGAAACACAAAUAUAUCAAGUGUUUCCACUUACAUAAAAACUGAUGAAAAGUACAUUUUUAAGUAUUUGAAUAGGUCUACCUGUUAAUAAACUCGCUAACAUAUUGUAAAGGCCUAUGUUUUAAUGGAGGCCAUGUAGUGGAUAUUUUGGUCGACAGUAGGCCUGUUAUAGUUAACUGAUGUAUGUUACGACCUUCGCACUGAAAAUGUUAAAUCUGCUCCUGACUAUGUCCAUGUUUUUGUACUCAUGCACUGUAACAUAUUACAUGUUAAGCAUAAAUUCAAAUAUGGUUACUAUCUGUAGCUUGUAUUAUAUUUUUUAUACCUAAACUGCCUCAAAAUGUUAAUCCAAAGAGUUAAUUUUGUAUAAAAAAACUAUUUUGUUUCAAACAAAUUAUAUACUGUGAGAAUGUCUUAAUUAUUUUAUAGAUAUAUAGAUAUACUGUAUAUGAUAAAUUGAAUCUUGUUAUUCUCAUUAUACACUAACAUGCAGAUUUCCUGUAUUACAUUUUGUAUUUUGUCUCACAGGAAAGCCCUGUUUACAAUUCCUGCUUCAUGUGUGUAAACGGCCAUUGGCAGUUGAAAUGUUGCCAUGUGUUCUUGAAAACAUUUGAUGUGUUUUACUUUUUUUCUACUCCGAAGUGUGUGUGUGUGUGUGUGUGUGUGUGUGUGUGUGUGUGUGUGUGUGUGUGUGUGUGUGUGUGUGUGUGUGUGUGUGUGUGUGUGUGUGUGUGUGUGUGUGUGAGAGAGAGCGUGCGCAUGAGAGACCAGCAUUAGACCAGCUUCUACAUAAAUAUGGUAGACUAAAUACUUAAACAGCAGGAAGCCAAUUGAGAGUAAUAAAAUCAUGACCUUAAAAGUAAACUUGCCUGAACUCUGUUUGUUUUUUUUGUUCUUCAUCCCUAAACAGUGGACCCUUUUGACUGUAAUGAGAUAAUGAUUAUAUACUGCAAGACAAUAAAAGAUGGCCUACUGUUACUGGUGAA